AUGGGCGUUUUCAAUUGGAGAACUGUCUACAUCAUCAGCAUAGCAGCGAAAGUGUUUGUUUGCCUGCAAUGUUCGUACAUCCAUCCAGAUGAGCACUUCCAAAGUUUUCAGCCCAUAGCGAAGCUUGUAUACGGAAGCAGCGUUGCGAAUCCGUGGGAGUUUGAGCCUGAAUCAUCUGCUAGAUCGUUUGCUCCAUUGCUGAUUUUCUACUAUCCAAUUAUUCAAUUGGUGAAAUACUUCCAGUUACCACUCAUAACAGCAUACUACUUUGUGCGAUUGGAGUUCACUCUUAUAACGUGGAUGGUCACCGAUUGGACGUUGUGGCGAAUUAUGCCCACCAAACCAGAGAGAGUGAAAAGUCUUCUGUUCACUUCCACAAGUUUUGUGACGUUGGUGUAUCAAUCGCAUGCGUUUUCGAAUUCGGUGGAGACAUGGUUGGUUCUGGGUGCGGUUUACAUCAUGGGUCGUUUUAGGGAAGAGUGUGAAAUCGCCAAAAACUCCAGGAUUUCAAAUCUCGCUCAAUAUUGUCUUGCCUACGGAUGUAUAGUAAGCGCCGGAAUCUUUAACAGAGUCACAUUUGUAGGCUGGUUGGUUUUUCCCGGGAUCUUCGUGUUGAAAUUCUUCCAAAAGUCACCCAUUUCAUUGGUCUACACGGCUGCUGGGUUCCUAACUACAAGUUUGGCAUGUGUGGUUCUGGAUACCUGGAUGUUUACAGGGACCAUUGAUUGGUCUAACUUGGUGGUUACUCCACUGAACAAUCUUCUGUACAACUUGGACUCUGAGAAUCUGUCUCAGCAUGGAAUCCACUCGAGACUGACACAUUUGUUGGUCAACGUUCCGUUGAUGCUUGGGCCGGCUCUAGUCUUUUUAAUUGGUUCAAAGUACUACAAAACGGUGCCUUUUAUGAGCGCUAUUUCUGGUAUUUUGACACUGAGUCUUGUUCCUCACCAGGAGUUUAGAUUUAUCAUUCCUGCCAUGCCGUUGUUGGCGUGUUGUAUGGAUUUGUCUUCGGAGAAGAAGAAGGUUACGAAGUAUGCUUUGAGACUUUUCAUUGUGUACAAUGUCGUUAUGACUGCUUUUUUUGGCUCUUUGCAUCAGGGUGGAAUAGUGACAGUCAUGGAGCAGCUUACGAAGCCUGACAAUGCACUAACAGGAUCUUCAGAUUUGCAGAUCUGGUGGAGAACUUACAGUCCACCAGUGUGGUUGUAUGGACAUCAGAAUUUGCAAGUGCUCAACAGAAUUGAUCAUAACCUCAAAGAUCUGAAUAUUUUGUCCGAAUCUGACUCGAACGGGCUGACCAUAGUGGAUGCUAUGGGUAGCUCUUUUGAUGUGAUUGUCAACCUCUUGGGUCAGCGGCCGGGGAUACUGAUCUCACCCAUCGCAAGUGCUGAGAAUGAGCUCUCGGACGCCUUGAAAGAUAGAAACCUUGUCUUGAAGAGAAAAUGGAAGACUUGGUUGCAUCUGGAUAUGGACCAUUUCGAUACAACGUAUGGCUGGAAGACAUUCACACCAGGAUUGGCAGUCUACGAGGUGGUGGAAAGCUCAUGA